AUGGUCAAGUACGUCGAAGGGAGCUGGGACGAGGACUACAUCCAGACGCUGGGCGUCAACUUCAUGGAGAAGACCAUUUCCAUCCGCAACACGGAAAUCACCUUUUCCAUCUGGGAUCUCGGUGGCCAGCGGGAGUUUGUCAACAUGCUGCCCCUCGUCUGCAAUGACGCCGUCGCCAUCCUGUUCAUGUUUGACCUCACCCGCAAGAGCACCCUCAACAGCAUCAAGGAGUGGUACCGCCAGGGUAGGGGGUUCAACAAAACGGCCAUUCCCAUCCUUGUUGGCACAAAGUAUGAUCACUUUGUCAACUUUCCCCCGCAGGAUCAGGAAGAGAUCUCAACUCAGGCUCGUCGAUUUGCCAAGGCCAUGAGGGCAGCCCUGAUAUUCUCCAGCACUAGCCACAGUAUCAAUGUGCAAAAGAUCUUCAAAAUUGUUUUAGCAAAAGCAUUCGACCUCAAGUGCACCAUUCCCGAGAUUGAAAAGGUGGGCGAGCCGCUGCUCCUAUACCAGUCCUCGUGA